CAUUAUUUUUUUGAUUUAAAAUGCACACGCUUAAUAAAAACUAUGUAUAGUGCGCAUGCGCAUAACGGUUUAUUGCACUAGGCGCUAGUGUGGCGUGUGGCUUGUGCUUGUGGCUCAGGGCUCAGGGCCUCGGGUCCUCGGGUUUAAGAUCAGUGCGAGAUUCUGUGAUGAUGAGUGUCUCGUUUGAUCUUUUCAUAAAAUUCAGUGAAUAUAUGUAUUCAAGAAUAUAUAUUUAAUAAAAGAAACGAAAGCAGAAAGAAACAGAGAUUAUAUUUCUUUCAUAAAAUAAUUCACAAUAAUUGUAAAUACAAAAUGGAAGAAAGUAAAAAAAUUUCGUUUAGUUUUGUAAAAUCUGUGAAAAAACCACUGUUGGACAAACAGAUGCCACAUGAGGAGAAAAAAGUGGAAUACAUUGAAUGUCUUGAUGAGAAGGCGAUUAAAGUGAUCGGGAAAGAAGAAGAGAAAAAAGAACUUCUUGUUAUUCCAUUAUUGAAAUCUAAGACUUGGCAUGAUAGAAUUAUUAAUAAAAUAAAUGCCGAUAUUUUUAAGCAAAAAAUAAGGAGUAAAAAUGAUGUUUCUAAUAUACAACAAGCUGUUUCUGAUAUACAAAUAAAAACAAUAUCAUCUGAUAAAAAUGAAAGUAUAUUAGAUGAACAAGCAGCUAAAGAAAUUAUAGAAGAUCUUAAAUCAAUAGAUGAAAAAGAUAAACUAAGUGAUCUAAGUUUACCUUUAAUAAAAGGACAGAAUUUAAACGGUGCAGAGGAAAGUAUAUUAGAUGAUUAUGAGAAGGUGCCAGUAGAAGACUUUGGAACAGCUAUGUUGCGAGGUAUGGGAUGGAAAUCUGGAGAAGGGAUUGGAAAAAAUCCAAAACUUGUAACAACUAUUGUACCUGAAGUACGGCCAGUAGGAAUGGGACUUGGUGCAGAUAAGUUAGCACUGCAAAAAAAAGAUGGAAAAAUUACGAAGGAAGAGGAAGAAUUAAAAAUAGAAAAAGGAAGUUUUAUAAAAAUCAUUGUUGGCAAGCGAUCCAAUACAUAUGGACAAAUAGAAGGUUUUGAUGAUGCGGGAAGAUUAAUUAUAAAAAUGGCAUUAAAUGGAAAUACCAUUUCUGUGAAUGAGUGCAUAGUUCAAGCAGUAACAAAGGCAGAAUAUUUGAAAAAUUCUAAAGUUUUAACACUGCGUUUGGCGUUGGUACAACUGAGCGUAGGCGACGACAAGCCGGCGAACGUCUCGCGAGCCGUAUCAUUCAUCGAGCGCGCGAAACAGCAAGAACGUGCCGAUAUCGUGGUGUUACCGGAAUGUUUCAACUCGCCGUAUGGAACGUCUCACUUCGCGAGAUAUGCUGAGAGCAUUCCCGAUGGCGAGACAAGUGUAGUUUUGUCCGAGGCGGCGAGAGAAAACAAUGUUUAUGUGAUUGCUGGUACGAUACCGGAGAGGGAUAAUGAGAGGUUGUACAAUACUUGUACCGUAUGGGCACCCGAUGGAAAGCUCGUGGCCAAGCAAAGGAAGAUGCAUUUGUUCGAUAUCGACAUUAAAGACAAGAUCACCUUCCGCGAAAGCGACUCGCUGGCGCCCGGCAAUUCCCUUACCAUCUUGGAAGCGAAAGGUUGCAAGAUCGGUAUCGGCAUUUGCUAUGACAUUAGAUUUGAGGAAAUGGCACGUUUAUACAGAAAUAAAGGUUGUCAGAUGUUGAUAUAUCCGGCGGCAUUUAAUAUGACCACUGGCCCGCUGCAUUGGUCCUUACUACAGCGUGCCAGAGCAAAUGAUAAUCAAUUAUACGUAGCCUGCGUAUCGCCGGCACGUGGUUCACCGCCUGGAUACAUCGCUUGGGGGCAUACUCAGUUAACUAACCCUUGGGGAGAAAUCCUUGACGAGUUGGAUGCCGACGAAGGCAUGGUGGUCUCUGAUAUAGAUUUGAAAGUCGUGGAUGAAGUCAGAGCGCAAAUCCCGACGUUCAAUCAACGACGUACAGAUUUGUAUGAUACUAUUUGGAAAGGGGAAGAUUAGGAAGACCUUAUAACGUAUGGCGAUAUCGUUUACGCACCAUUAAGCAAUUUUGCACGGCGACAAGCUAUAACGGCGGACGAUCUAAAUUUCAUACUCGGAUACAUCCCGUCGAUAAACCUUUCGUAUCGAGGUCACACACGACACUAGAAGAGAGACACGCGACACAUAUAUAUCACAGAUAAGCAUAAUCAUCGGUUUCUGUAUGAAUAAACUUUAUAUUCUUCAAUAUA